AUGCCUCCCAAGUCAGCGGCAACUGCAGGGACAAUCCGACUCCAGUCCCUCCCACGAUUGAAGAUCAAGAGUCCCAUGAAAUAUGACCAGAACCCAUGCCUUGCUGCUAUGACUGCUGUCCUCAGUAAGUUCCUUCCAUGGAUCAAUUGGUGGUUCAAGAAGUACCUGGGUUGUGGAAAUGCAAGAACGGUAGCUAACAUCAGUUUCAUCAUUUUAGACUGCUGGGGAGCCACGGGAUAUAGUGUCCAAGGAUGCUUAGCACUGGAACAGCAAUUACGAUUAUGCACAGACUCACAUCCUACAAAAGUCAAAAGAAAGAAUACUGUCAACUACCAUCUUGCUCGAAUGUUCCGCAUGAUCUCACCCCGAAGGAAGGAGAAAUAA